AGCCGUCCGCAGUUUAGAAGUUGCAGGCAGUGCGCAGUUGUAUUUGUGCUGUCAUAACUUAUUCUUGCUCUUCAUCCAGUCAGUAUUUCUACUCUGGAGCUUCCAGGAUAAAAUCACGUGCACGAGAUGUAUGCAAGAGCAGAUGAUAGAUUGAUUGCGUUUGUGUGUUGUGCUUUGACUGCUGUGGAUAGCUGUCUAUUAAGAAAGGUGUAAUAAAUUACUAUUUAGAUCCAGUUUUCCGGUUUGUUGGUAUGUCUGGAAAAGACGGCGGUGUCAGGAACGACACUAGAGCAGCAGCAGUGCAAUCUGGCGACAAGAUUUUGGGUGAUCUGCGCUACCGACUAGCGGGUCUGCUCAUUCUGCAGACUUUGUAUGCAACUCUGCUAGAGGAAACUGCUCAACUGAAGGCUCGCCUUUCAAGGCAGGAGGCAGACUGUAGUAGUAACGCAAAAGAUGAUGUAACUAGAACUUCAAAGACUGAUGAGUUGUCAGCGUACUCAGACGGACCGACGUCAUCAGGGCCUGAUCAGCACGGAGCCAACAGUUCUUUGUUUUCUUCAUUCUAUCGCGCCAUGCAAUCGCGUCUUACUACAUGCGACCAACUGAUAGCUGAUAUGGAAGGAACGACUGCCAAAGGUUUGAUACAGCAAAAUUACGAGCUCAAACAGUCGUAUCAACACGAAGUGCAGGUAAGAAAAGACCUACAACGGCAACUAGACCAACAUCGUGAAGAACAACAGUCUACCGAUCAGUUGGCGUCUGCUUCGGCGGAUGACGCAAGGCCAACUUACACAGAAAGUGGAAAGCAACUGUCAGUAGAGCGCACUCUAGUCCAGCAUUUGGGGAUUCAACUGGAAGAAAAGAUGCGUGAAGUGUCUUUGCUUCAAGGGCAACUCGAUCUAGAGAAAUACAGUCGACGACAAACACGCGCGCAGAUCAACGAGUUACUGACGGAAUUCGUUUAUUGUUGCAUGAAGAUACCCGACGUGACUGACGAUUCCGCCAUCAAACAAUCGUUUGAAGAACUUUUAUCGAAGGUCGACAGCAUGUCUGAGUACAGUACAGAGAUAGCCGCUGCCGUUGACGUGGCUACACAAAACGACUGUACUAGCUUGCUAAGAGAUACAUCGGAAGAUGAAGAGAUUCCGAGCGAUAUGUCACCGAGGCAAGUUCGUGCUAAGAUGUCAGAGAUGAAGGAGAAGAAGAAACGGUUUAAGAAAGAGGCCAAGAACCAACUUAUAGGGCAGAUGAGACAAGAAAAAAAGGCUUCAAUGAGAGUCAAGGAUCUGGAAGAGAGGUUGAGAAAAUGUGAGGCUGAUAAACGUCUCGUCGAAGAAAAGUAUCGAGAAGACAAUCACCUGCUUCGUGCCGAGUUGGACGAGUUGAAGUGCUCGCUUGGCAAUCGCAGUUCGUACGCAGUUAAAGCAGCUCGGUCGGUCAGGUCGCUUGUUGAACUAUUAGAGCAACAAAAAGUGGAUUUAAAAACUCAGCUGGAUCGCCUUCUUACUGAGAUGGCAGCUAUACAAGAAAAUCGGGAUGAAUUGAGACAUCGAAAUGAACGACUUGAAGAAGAGUUGAGACGCCUCCGAGAUAACGCAUUGGAAGAAGCUGCAGCUAGAGUAGAAAAUGAUUAUAAGAGAGUCAAAUUAGAAUGUAAGGCAUUGAAGGAGGAGAAUAAUCAUUUGAAAGAGCGAGUCGAGUUGCUUCAAGAGGCGGCUAAGCGUGACGGUGCAAGCCACACGGAAACGGUGAAAUUGUUUGAGAAUAAGGUUGGAAGAUAUGAAUCUGAAAUGAAGACGUUGCAAGAUAUUAAUGCAUCAUUGAGUACAAACGAGCGCCAGAUGGCGGCCAAGAUUGCCUCACUUGAGACGUCGCUUCAGAACGUGAGUAUCGGACGCGUAGACACGAUACCGAGGCGACGAGAAGAGUCAUCAUCUGGGCUUGGCUCGAGUGGUAGGACAUACAUGGGUGAAGAACAACUUCAACCAGAGUUAGUAUCUCGAAAUUCGCAGUUGUUGUCGUCGAUUUCGGCCCGUCCUGGCGUGCACAACGACGAGCGUGUAGACACCGGCUUUUCUGCGGCCAGUGAUUUGGCACCACAGUCAUUGCCGACAUUUCCGAGUGUGUACAAUGAGUCACGUCAUCCGGGACCGUUUCAGAGCAGACAGCGAGAGAUGAGAGUUUCACCAGCCGCAAGCUCGCGCACCUUGUCGAGAGAAGUUGGAGGGUUGAAGAGGCACGACGCCGGCAGGGAGGAUUCUGGGGUCGGCCGGUCCUCUGUUGGUAGGUAUUCAAUGAGCUUAGGAGGGUCGAGGUCAAUGUUGGGUCCUCCUAGUCGCGAUACUAUGCAAUGCUUGAAAUGUGGGACUCAGUUCUCGAUAAGGGAUCUUGAGAGAUACGAGAGACAUAUUCGAGAUUGCUAUUCUUCAUGAUGUUUUUGUAAAAGUUUGAAUAUUUUGGGCAACAGCAUAAUAUGGAGAGUCGUUACGCAUGCAUACUACUUGUAUUGAUGGGGACAGAAGAGUAAAUGGUUGAUGGCCUCAUAAAAUUGUACAGCAACUGUCAUUUUGUGAAACUGCAAAGAUGGAGAUUGCCGUGUUGGCUAGGCAACUCCAAUUGUUUUAUAAAUUUUUAGGUUUUUGUUUUUACUUUUUGUGUUCUCUGUUUAGUUUAGAACACCAUGUUCUAUUGUACUGACUCAUAGCACUUAUCUUAUUUACUUUGCUUUGUAAUAUUUGCACAUAACUGUUAGAUUUCUCUGCGUAGAUGUCUUCAGUUGACUUUGAGAAAUAAUGUCGUUUAUA